CAAUUUCCCUGCCACGGCGCUGCUUUCACACGUAGCUACCACAUCCCUUCACUGCGAAAUAAAGUGAAGAACAAGCUGAGAUCGGAGGCAAGGAAUACAACGUCGCCCACUAAGGAAUAUCCGCGUGUACAUUACUCAAGGGAAUGUGUCUAGGGGUUCCUGGCAGGUUACCCGAAAAAGCAAUGUCGCACUAUAUAUAUCACGAAAAAGGCGAAGGAAGCACAGUUGUUCCUACAGUCAGUGAGCGGCAAGGACGACCCAUUCCACUUCCUGCUACCCAACCUGCUGCUGCUGUUCAGGAUGCGACAGCUGGCAGUCCUCGUCGCUGUGGUGGCCCUCGUCGCCGCUGUGCCCAGGGAGCGGCGCCAGACGAAGGAGUAUGCUCCGUGCAAGGACGGCGCGGGCGUGUGCGUGCCCUACUACCUGUGCAAGGACGGCCAAAUCGUGAUGGACGGCACAGGAAUCAUUGACAUCAGGAUUGGAGACCCCACCAAAAAGAACUCCCAGGACUGCAUCAGCUACCUGGACGUGUGCUGUGGUCAGGGCUCGAUCAUUGAGUCCACCACCACCACGACCACCACCACCACCACCACCGAGGCCCCCGCCGUCACCACCCCCGCGCCCUUCCAGGCCUUCUGCGGCAAGAGGAACCCCGAAGGCAUUGAUGUCAGGAUCCAAGGGUUUAAGAACAACCAGGCCCAGUACGCAGAGUUCCCCUGGAUGGCCGCCGUGCUGCACAAGAAGUUCGGCGACAAGCCAGUGAACCUGUACGUGUGCGGCGGCUCGCUCAUCCAUCCGUCCAUCGUGCUUACGGCGGCCCACUGCGUCGCGCGCUACGGCCACAGCACCGAGCUGUACGUGCGCUUGGGUGAAUGGGACACACAGAAGGAAUACGAGCCGUACCCUCACCAGGACAUCGCCGUGGAUGUUGUCGUGAUCCAUCCAGAUUUCCACCCGGGUAACCUCGCUAACGACUUCGCCCUCCUGCACCUCGCCAAGCCAGCUAAGAUCGCCAAGAACGUUGGGAUUAUUUGUCUGGAGAAGAUCAACUACCUGACAACUAACUACACGUGCGUGGUGGCGGGCUGGGGCAAGGACAAGUUCGGAAAGGAGGGCGUGUACCAGAAUGUACUCAAGACUGUCAACCUGCCGUACGUGAACCGCGGGGACUGCCAGAACAGCCUGCGCUACACUCGGCUCGGUAAAUACUUCAAGCUGCACGAAUCAUUCCUGUGCGCAGGCGGAGAGGAGGGCAAGGACUCCUGCAGCGGCGACGGAGGCUCUCCACUCAUGUGUCAGAACUCAGACUCCGGCAGCUACGUCCAGGCGGGCAUAGUGGCGUGGGGCAUUGGCUGCGGAACCGGCGGCGUCCCUGGGGUGUACGCUGAUGUGUCUUACGCCUUUGAAUGGAUCACUACAGAGGCAGACAAGCUGGCGGAGGGGAAUGGCGCUGGUGAUGGUGCUAGUGGUGGUGAUGGUGGUGGUGCUGAUGGUGGUGCUGGUGAUGGUGGUGAUGGUGGUGCUGGUGAUGGUGGUGAUGGUGGUGCUGGUGAUGGUGGUGCUGGUGAUGGUGGUGCUGGUGAUGGUGGUGCUGGUGAUGGUGGUAGUGGUGGUGCUGGUGGUGGUAACGGAGGCGGUAACGGUAACGGAGGCGGCUCCACCCAUGGGUAUGGUCGGUAACUUGUGACGCCCACCAUGACGCAAAUGUACUCGCAUAUCAGCAGGUCCUGACCCUCCCUACCUCCCGCACACCUGCUUCACACCUGCCUGCCUAUCUACGUGAUUCCUUCCCUCCCCCCCACCCCGCCAGAAUUCCCAGCACAUUGCGUAAAUCCACAGGCCUUUCCUAAGGAGGAGACACACCACAUGACUUGACUAAAAAUCAGAAACGUUUUAAGACAAAGGCACUUCUUGGAUUCAUGGUGAUUUCAGUUACCGUGAACUUCAGAAAAAAAAUAAAUAAAUAAAAAUUAAUUAAUUAAACAAGAUCCUCGACAGUUUCUUCAUCACCCCAACACCAGAACCUGAAGCCGAUCCCCCAGGAGCCACUCUGAUGAAAUGCCUGAAUCAGUCAAUAUUACGGAACCACACAGUCGGUGGCAAUGAAAACUUAUGUUGGAAAGCUGAUAGACAAGAUACACAGGAGACCCAAGACACAUCACAAUACGAAAUACCAAUUAAGAAAACGACCUCGUGGGGAAACCUAAUGAACAGGAUACCUAAAAAAAGCUAUUGAAAAAAAAAAAAAGUUGAUGCUUUAUUUGAUCAAUAUCCACACUGUAGAUUUGCAUAUUAUCUCAUGAAAUAGUAAACAAAA